CUCUCUCUCUCUAUCUAUCUCUUCAAAGCAUAUCUCUCUCUCCAAAACAUAGAAUUUGAGAUCUCAUCUCCCUCUCUCUCCAAAGCAUAGAAUUUGGGAUCUCAUCUCUCUCUCCCCCCCCAAAGCAUAGAAUUUAGGAUUUCAUCUCUCUCUCUCUCUCCCCCCUAAAGCAUAGAAUUUGGGAUUUCCUCUCUCUCUCUCUCUGCCACAAAGCAUAGAAUUUGGGACUUCAUCUUUCUCUCUACUCCCCAAAAUUUGAGACAGUGAUGGCAAAUGGUCAAAAUGGUAGCGACAAUGGAUUUAUUGGUGAGCAAAAGGAGGCAACAAUUCUAGCAGUAGGGAAGGCCUUUCCUGAGCAAGUUAUACCCCAAGAGUGCCUUGUGGAGGCCUACUUUAGGAAUACAAACUGCCAGGACCCCGUCAUUAGAGAGAAGCUCGAGAGGCUCUGCAAAAACACCACCGUAAAAACCCGAUACACCGUGAUAUCCAAGGAAAUUCUCGACAAGUACCCCGAGCUCACCACUGAGGGCUCUCCAACCAUCACACAGAGGCUCGACAUCGCCAAUCAUGCCGUCCUCGAGAUGGCCCUCCAGGCCAGCCUCUCCUGCAUCAGUGACUGGGGAAAACCUGUGUCUCAAAUCACUCACCUUGUCUAUGUCUCCUCUAGUGAGAUAAGAUUUCCAGGUGGAGAUCUUUAUUUAGCUGCUAAUCUCGGAUUAAAAACGGAUGUUAAUCGCGUAAUGCUUUAUUUUUUGGGUUGUUAUGGAGGAGUAACUGGAUUAAGGGUCGCAAAGGACAUAGCCGAAAAUAAUCCUGGAAGCAGGGUCCUUUUGACCACCGCAGAGACCACAAUUUUAGGGUAUAGACCUCCAAAUCUUGCAAGGCCUUAUGAUUUGGUGGGAGCUGCACUGUUUGGAGAUGGAGCUGCAGCUGUGAUAGUGGGGAGUGGACCAUUUAGUGAGGGGGAGAAGCCGUUCAUGGAGUUGCACAAUGCAGUUCAAGAGUUUUUGCCUGGUACCCAAGGGAUCAUUGAAGGCAGAUUGACUGAAGAAGGCAUAAACUUCAAGUUGGGUCGAGACCUCCCUCAAAAAAUUGAAGGCCACAUAGACAUCUUUUGCAAGAAUUUGAUGAAAAAUGCAAAUCUCACAGAGUUCAAUGAUUUAUUUUGGGCCGUCCAUCCAGGAGGCCCAGCAAUCCUAAACAAGUUGGAGAGCAAUUUGAGGCUCAAUCCUGAGAAAUUGAAGUGCAGUAGAAAGGCUCUAAUGGAUUAUGGGAAUGUUAGCAGUAAUACGAUCUUCUAUGUGUUGGAUUACAUGAGAGAAGAGGCUAAGGAAGAUGGUGGUGAGGAAUGGGGCCUUGUUUUGGCUUUUGGCCCAGGCAUCACCUUUGAGGGGAUACUUGUUCGCAGGCUUUAUUGACCAUGCCUCUCUCUCUCUCUAUCUCUCUCUCUCUCUCUCU